AUGUCUAGACAGUGGCUAAAGUUGGUCCUGGAGCGCCUCCCAGGAUUAACCUUUGGGUCUGUCGACGGGUUCCCUUCUGAUUCCGUAAACCUUCUCUCUACCCUUUCCGCAGGAGAACGCGGCACAGGGAUCACUCCAAGCCAGGCUCGAGAUUUGAUGAGAAACCGAGUCGAACUGCUCUUUCGCGUCUGUAAUAGAAACGAGGACGUGUAUCGACGUCUGCGCGGGGACCCCGCUUUCUAUUACCUAGUCCUAGCAAGCUGGGACGCCGAGCACAACGAAGCCCCGUUCCCAGCCGGCUCGAUCGAAAAGCUUGUGUCUCUCUUCGUCAGUGCUCGGCGGCAUAACCUCGGAGGGGACGAGACGGGACCCGCCACGGCCCUCAUGCGGGAAAUCGACCGUUUUGCCGAGAUGGCCGAUGCCGUCGAUUCCACCGUAGCGCCGCGGCGUCCCCCUUCGCUAACGGCUCCCACCGGCUUCAAUGCCGCUCGCCUCUACGGCCGCGCCUGGCCCCCGGUGCACCUUAGCCCCCUUGAGGUUGCUGUCGUGGGUGAAGCGGUGACGCGCCGAAAGCUCUUCGGCAUCGACCGCGAGCACAAGGGGCGCGACGACGACGAAAGCACCCCGUUGUAUCCCAACGACCAGAACGGGCCCCUAGAGGGACGCGAGUACCUGUGCUGGCUGGUACUGACGGGGACCGGGCCGGCGUCCAGGGUGGGGCUAUUCCCAGUGCCGGUCGCGUUCGCAGACGAUGAGCGGCGGCGCGUGUGGUACCGGCCGAUGGGCCACCAGUCGCGAUUCUAUGCGACGGUGGGCGAGUUCCUGGACUUCGCAGACGCCGCGAUCAGCCGGCCUAGCGGGCUUAAAAGCUCGGCGAAGCGACACGCGAUCUGCUUGCUAACGCCGUGGUUUUUCGACCGGGCGGAGCUCGCGGAACGGGCGUUGGAGCGCAGCGAGACACUGCCGACCGUGUGGCGCAAGACUUUUUUUCGCGCUGGUAUGGCCCUCGUGCUGACCGACGUCGACGACGGCGAGUACCGCGCGGUGUCGGACCUUCUAGGAAAGGUGGGCCAGAAGUUCACCGUCGUGGAGACUUGGACCGGCGGCCGAGCUCAGAACCACGUCCCCCCGCCGGCCGGCCCACGACGCACCGCGGCCGACUCCGUCGAAGCUUCGGCCGAGUUUAUCACAGAAAUCGUGGAGGACCCAGGAUCGUGGAACGAGAAGCUUGAGGAAAGAGGCUUUGAACUGGUGGAGAAACCUACGGAAGAGCAGGGCACAGGUAGCCAUAUCCAGUGAGAACGUCCGUUAUUCUAUCUGUCACGUAGCUAUCGGUAGGAGCUACGUAUGCGAGAGCACGCGCGAGGAGCUAUCUCACGAGCAACGGGAGGAGGAGCGAAGAGAAGGUGA